AUGCGCGCCGUGCGAGCGUUCGCGAGUCGAACCGACGUCACCGCGCCGGUGCCUUUCGCGACGCUCGUGCAGGGGGCGUCGCGCGGGAUCGGGCUCGAGCUGGCGCGGCAGAUGCUCGAGCGGGAUCGAGAUGUUUUUCGAGGUAAGUCGCACGGCGGCGUCGUCGUGGCGACGUGUCGAGAUCCCGACAACGCCGAUGGGCUGAAGGAGCUGCAAAAGGCGCACGGCGACCGGCUGCGCGUGCUGCGCGUGGACGCCAAGGACGAGGCGUCGAUGAAAGCCGCCGCGGCGACGGUCGAGAGAGAGUUCGGGAGGUUGGACUUCAUGGCGAACGUCAGCGCGGUGCUGAGCGAGGGGAAGAUGCGGCCGGAGACUUCGAUCGCGAGGACGGAGGCGGAGAACAUGGUGGAGUCGUAUCGCGUCAACGCGCUCGGCCCGACGAUGAUGAUGAAACAUUUCUCGCCGUUGAUGCUGAAGACGGCGGAGUUGAAUCUUGCCGGUAACGCACACGUGCCGGUGAUCGCGAAUUGGAGCGCGCGCGUCAGUAGUAUCGGUGAUAACGCCUUGGGCGGUUGGCAUUCGUACAGAGCGUCGAAGACGGCGUUGAAUCAGUUGACGAGAAAUUGUUCCAUCGAGUUUGCGCGCAAGAAACAUCCCAUCAUCGCGAUGUGCGUGCACCCGGGAACGGUCGACACGAAGCUCAGCGAGCCGUUCAAGAAGAACGUGCCGGCGGACAAACUUUUCACUCCGGAAUACGCCGUGACGAGAUUGCUCGAAGUCAUCGGCGGCGCCACGCUCGAGCACAGCGGUAACUUGUACGAUUACGCGGGCGAGAAGAUCGACUGGUGA